AUUGGAGGUGCCCGGCCACUUUCAGCUUCCAGAUCCGCAGUGUGUGCGGCGGGUGGUCUGCAGCUCUGACUCCUGAGGUCCCUGCUUUGACCGUCGCGAUGUUUUUCUCCGACGCCGGGGCCCGGCCACGCACGUGGGAAGCCAGCCCUUCGGAACACAAGAAAUGGGUGGAAGUAUUCAAAGCAUGUGAUGAAGAUAACAAAGGCUAUCUAAGCAGAGAGGACUUCAAAGUUGCGGUUGUAAUGCUGUUUGGAUACAAGCCCUCCAAGAUAGAAGCCGAUGCUGUGAUGUCUUCAGUAAAUCCAAACACUUCCGGUCUAACACUCGAGGAGUUUUUAAACAUUAUAAGGAAGAAGAAGGAAGCUCAGCUGUAUCGGAAUGAAAUAAGACACAUCUUCACAGCUUUUGACAGGCACUAUUGCGGAUAUUUAACUUUGGAAGAUUUCCAAAAAGCGUUCAAGCAGGUGGCUCCCAAGUUACCAGAAAGGAUAGCGCUCGAGGUUUUCAGAUACUGAUUUAUUGAGCAGAACACUGGCUUUGUUAAGUGUUGGAAAAGACUAACCACUCAUUUGUAAGAGAUGCAGAGAAUUUUUGAAAUUAGUGAUGCAUUUCUAAAGCUCAGUGGUCCUGGCAUUUCAGUUGUGCUGUCUUCUCUGAUUGCUAUUUGAAGGCUAUGCCCAACUACUCGACCAUUCACUGUUCUCUUGAAUUUCAUUUA